UCCCCUCCUCUCUUUUUCUUACCAAUUUUCUUCUUUCUUGUGUGUUCACAUACAACAAAAUGGAUAAUCACGCAGCUAAAGACAUUGGUAUGAAGAGAAGUGCUUCAGAGUUGGCUCUACAAGAGUAUCUCACUACAAGCCCUCUAGACCCUUGUUUCGAUCUCAUGAACCGGGAUUACACUUGUGAGUUAAGAGAUAUUCUUUUGUGGUCUGAGGGCUUGAUUCCGGCUGGAACUUUUCGCGAUGCACAGUCCUCAAUCUGCGAGAAUCUGUCAGCUGAUAGUCCAGUGUCAGCCAAUAAACCUGAGGUAAGAGAGGGAGUUAGGAGAACCGUAAGUGGAUCUUCUCAUGUUAACUCUGAUGAAGAAGAUGCAGAGACAGAAGCUGGCCAAUCUGAAAUGACUAAUGAUCCCAAUGAUCUAAAACGUAUUAGAAGGAUGAAUUCAAACAGAGAAUCAGCAAAGCGGUCGAGGAGAAGGAAGCAAGAGUACUUGGUAGAUCUUGAGACUCAGGUUGAUUCUUUGAAAGGCGAUAACUCAACACUGUACAAGCAGCUCAUAGACGCAACACAACAGUUCCGUAGCGCUGGAACAAAUAACAGAGUUCUCAAAUCAGAUGUUGAAACUCUGAGAGUCAAGGUGAAACUAGCAGAAGAUUUGGUAGCUAGAGGGUCCCUCACUAGCAGCUUGAACCAACUUCUACAAACUCAUCUAAGUCCACCAUCACACUCCAUCAACAGUCUGCACUACACAGGAAAUACCUCACCCGCCAUUACAGUCCACAGUGACCAAUCUUUUUUCCCUGGAAUGACACUUUCUGGGCAGAACUCAAGCUCUGGACUUGGUAAUGUAUCCAGUGAAGCUGUUAGCUGCGUCUCAGACAUCUGGCCAUGAUUCUCUUUCUUCAGAACAUGUAAUGAUCACUCAGCGAAUUUCCUGUAUGUGUUUCUAGUGAAAGCCGUCAUGUUCGUUCAAGUUCAAUAAACUCUAGUUAUGUUA